CAUUUACUUAACAAAACCUUUCUACCACCAGUGUGAAAUGGAGUCGUUAUCCGGAAGCUCUCUUAUUUUAACCUGCAUGUGACCGGCACGUUUUCUACCGCGUGUUUAGGUUGGUUGUAUAACGAGAAAAUAUGAGUAAGAUCUCGCGGAUGAUUGCUUCAGACUCAAAUGCAGAUUCUUUGUAGGAGUUGCAAAUUAAUCCAUUCACGAGUAUCGACUGGCUUGUUCAUUACGCAAUCUAGGAAACCGGAAAUGAGUAUCUUCAGCACGAUCAAGAGUGCAAUCAUUACGUCCAGUGGACUGGAUAGUCCAGCGUACAAAGAGGUUAAUAAACAGGAUGACGUUGACGAGCGGAGAUAUGCGGCCGCAAAAUGGGUCAGUACCAGUAUCCAAGGUAUGGAGCAUGACAAAGCGCAAAAAGAGGGGUUCCAAAGGCUCUUCAAAUACAUCACGGGUAACAAUAAGCCAGGCACCAAAGUUGACAUGACGGCUCCUGUUGCUACGCGUGUAAAUCCAGGAGCUGGUCCAAACUGUGAAAAUACAUUUACUGUAUCAUUCUACAUCCCAACCAAGCAUCAAGAAGACCCUCCUCAACCGAGUGACCCGAACGUGUUCAUCGAAGAAUGGCCAGAACGAACCAUACUUAGUCAGGGGUUCGGAGGGUUCGCUAAGGAGGAGGCGUGGCUGGGGCAGGCCAAGAAGCUGGCAUCAUGUGUGGAGACAAAGGGGGUGAAGGUCAAAGAAAACGUCUGGUUCACGGCCGCCUACAACAGUCCCUUUCAACUGUUCGGCAGGACUAACGAGGUCUGGUUUGUCAAGGAGUGAUCAGUCUCUGACGGGUUGUAAAUGUGAGGAAGGCAGAUAACCUGUAGUUUUGAUGGUAGGAUUAGUUUGAAAGUCACUGACAGAUGGCUCUAACAGCAAGAUUCAAUGAAUGAUGGUUCAACGGUAUGGAAUCCACAAAUGAUAAUUAUGAUGGUAGAAGUAAUUAAUGAAGGCGGAUUGUUCUUAAUCAAGGGCUGAAUUGUGCUAGAGGUUGAAUUCUAUUCGGAGCGCGAUUCUGACGGCGAUAUUCGAUGGAUGAUGAUUUUGAUGGUGGGGUCAAGUGAAGAUGGUGCUCACCGGCAAGAUUCAUUGACUAGUGUAACCACGGACUUAGAUAAUCUAAUUCCGUGUGGUGUAACUGAUAAGGUGGUGUAAUCAGGAAGGUAUAUAUAUAUGGACAAGUCGAAUUUUAGAUCGUCGAUAAUGGCGGAUAGUUCCGACAGUGUUAUUAAUCCUGACACUAAGACUUUUAAAGGAGACAACAAUAUGCAUGUGUGAUUGUGAAUGUACAUUUAUAAGACCGAGGAAAAAGAGAUUUUGAUCAAACCCAAAACCAGUUUGGGAACGCUCAGGGAAACUGUUGUCACAUUCAAAAUUCUGGUCUGUAUAAAAAACGGAGUGCUGCAAAUCAUUUGAUGUUCGCGAUCGUCUUCCUAUAGUGAGCGAAUAUAUCAAUUUAUGUGUGACAUUUUCAAUAAACAUGAAUGCAUGUAUGUGAUAUAUUUAAAAUUCCGAAAUGGUAUCAGUAUGCACCUGUACAUUGUUUUCAAAUCUCUCUUUAUACCUUCACAGUUGUAUCAUGUGAUAUUCCUGUAAAGUGCUGAUACGUAACGCUAUUACGCAAUACAUGUUUGAACAAAGAUGGCGACUCUUUAUUAUACAGUCGUGUACAUGUUAUAUGGAUGUAGUCAAAAAGAUGUAGUGUUUUCAUCAUCAUCAGAAAUAUAUUUAUGCGUCGAACAUUCAGUUUUGUGUUAUUUAAACGAUCAACGUUGUUUAUUCUGUUAAUAAAAACAUUUUAUCUGCUUUAUGCUAUUGGGGUUUAAGUGGACGCUGGGUAGCAACAGUGUCCCUCCGUUUCGAUGAUAGACACUGUUUCAAACGUAAAAUGACAGACUGUGAAAGGGCCCAAAAUACGUAAACCAAGUGGUCUUGUGGUGCAGAGGGAUACCCUGAUAAUGGCGACAUUUUCUUGGCUGGAGUUAAGGUACUGCAACACAGCAAAAAUAAGUACAUGUACAGUAUUCUUAAAAAAAAGCCCACUAAAAAUUUCAUUUACAUGAGUUUUCUAAAAGGAAAUGAAUUUCAAAAAAAUGCAUCCAACUUA